GGACGGGGAUGCUCACGCCGGCCCUGUGUUCCAGAUCGCGUCCAAGUACGACCCGCAGGCCGAGGAGGACCUGCGCGGCUGGAUCGAGGAGGUGACCGGCAUGAGCAUCGGCACCAGCUUCCAGCUGGGCCUGAAGGACGGCAUCAUCCUCUGCGAGCUCAUCAACAAGCUCCAGCCGGGCUCCGUGAAGAAGGUCAACGAGUCCUCGCUCAACUGGCCGCAGUUGGAGAACAUCGGCAACUUCAUCAAAGCCAUCCAGGCGUACGGCAUGAAGCCCCACGACAUCUUCGAGGCCAACGACCUGUUCGAGAACGGGAACAUGACCCAGGUGCAGACGACGCUGGUGGCGCUGGCCGGCCUGGCGAAAACCAAAGGCUUCCACACCACCAUCGACAUCGGCGUGAAGUACGCCGAGAAGCAGACGCGGCGCUUCGACGAAGGGAAGCUGAAGGCCGGCCAGAGCGUCAUUGGUCUGCAGAUGGGGACCAACAAGUGCGCCAGCCAGGCGGGGAUGACCGCCUACGGGACCAGGAGGCACCUGUACGACCCCAAAAUGCAGACGGACAAGCCCUUUGACCAGACCACGAUCAGCCUGCAGAUGGGGACCAACAAAGGGGCCAGCCAGGCGGGGAUGCUGGCGCCGGGCACCCGGAGAGACAUCUACGACCAGAAGCUCACGCUGCAGCCCGUGGACAGCUCGACCAUCUCCCUGCAGAUGGGCACCAACAAGGUCGCCUCGCAGAAGGGCAUGAGCGUGUACGGGCUCGGGCGGCAGGUCUACGACCCCAAGUACUGCGCCGCCCCCACCGAGCCCGUCAUCCGCAACGGCAGCCAGGGCACGGGCACCAAUGGCUCGGAGGUCAGCGACAGCGACUCCCAGGCCGAGUACCCCGACGAGUACCACGGCGGGUACCCCGACGACGACCCCCGCGAGUACCAGUACGGCGACCCCGGCCUCGGCCUCGAUUACUAGGCUCGGAGGCGCCGUCCUCCGUCGCGGUCACUCCGUGGGCGCCCGGCUAGCCCUGAGUGACGCUCUCCGCCCUUCUGAACCCUAGUGCGCUUCCUGUACCUGAAGGAGAGGCUGCCUCACACCCCCUCCUCCUCCGCCCGCCUCUCCCUCCGCAGCUCCUUUCCGCUGGGCAGGCCAGCCUGCAGCGACGUGACCCCCUGGCGCUGGAGCGAAGGGAGCCCUGGGGGGCGCGGGUUCCUCCCGACAGAUCUCUGCAUCCUCACACUCUUUACGGAACUGGUGUUCGCAAGCAAUAGGAGGCUUCUCUCUUACAUUAGUGUCUGGCUCCUCCGUGGGAGACUAAACCCGUGCUUAGCGCUCAGGCGCCCGCCAGCUAAACCGAGAAGACGCAGCGUGUCAGCCGCUCGCGACCGAUGCCCGCGGUGUGGGUCGCGGGUGGAAAUGCAGGCGCGGCCCUCGCUCUGGGGACGCCUGAGUCGCUCCCACCGGCGCGGGCGGCUCCAUCGCUGCAGACGUGGGGGUCUGACUGCGCGGCCCUUCCUGUUGUGCCAACGUAUCGGUGUAGACUCGCUCUGUUUCAACUGUAUUUAUUGCUGCAUUUCUCAGCAUAAACUUAUCCCAGUGUAUUUUUUAUAAAUAAAUAUUUUUUUUGAACAUUCA